AUGUCCAUUUUAAUGUUCCUCUUGCUUGCUACCACCACCACUAAAGCAUUAGGCCAAGGCACUCGAGUUGGGUUCUACUUGCGUACAUGUCCUCGUGUUGAAUCGAUUGUUCAGGCCACUGUUAAAAAGCAUUUCCAAUCGAAUCCAACGGUGGCACCCGGGUUGCUGAGAAUGCACUUCCAUGACUGUUUCGUCCAGGGCUGCGAUGGUUCGAUACUCAUUGAUGGCUCUUCCACAGAGAAAUCAGCUGGUCCUAAUCUUCUGCUAAGAGGAUUUGAUGUUAUUGAUGAUGCCAAAAGCCAGCUUGAAAAUGCAUGCCCCGGAGUCGUCUCUUGUGCUGAUAUUCUUGCUCUUGCUGCCCGUGAUGCCGUGGUUUUGACAAAUGGACCAACUUGGUUAGUGCCUACCGGACGCAGAGAUGGGCGAGUUUCUUCGGCAUCUGAUACUAACAAUUUGCCCGCUUUCACCGACUCCGUUGACAUUCAAAAGCAGAAAUUUGCUGCUAAAGGUCUUAAUACUCAAGAUCUGGUCACCCUAGUUGGAGGACACACCAUUGGAACUUCAGCUUGCCAAUUGUUCAGCUACAGACUAUACAACUUCAACUCCAGUGGUGCUCCUGACCCUUCAAUCGAUUCAGCAUUCCUUCCCCAACUCCAAUCACUUUGCCCGGAAAACGGAGACGGGUCAAAGCGCAUCGGCCUCGACAACGGCAGCUCCGACAAGUUCGACACUUCCUACUUCUCAAAUCUCAGGAACCGCCGUGGAACACUGGAGUCCGAUCAAAAAUUAUGGACCGACGCCUCGACACAGGCUAUUGCCCAACGCUUCUUGGGUAUUAGAGGCUUGGCCGGGUUAACAUUCAGUGUGGAGUUCGGAAAAUCCAUGGUGAAGAUGAGUAAUAUCGGCGUGAAGACUGGCAGCGACGGCGAGAUUCGCCGGGUUUGCUCCGCCAUUAAUGGAUGA